AUGGCGCGCGCCUUCGCGCGCUCCAUCUCCUUCCCGCUUAGCCCGUCGAGGUCCUCGUCCUCGUCCAAGCCGCGCGCGCCGUCGUCGUCGUACCACGCGCGGUCCGUGAGCUUGCCGUGUCGGUCGCACCCGAUCCUGGCGCACCUCCACACCCACAUCCGCGCCGUGCGCGCCUGGGCGCAGCAGGGCCCGUCGGCGUUGGUUGCCUCCGUGGCCGUGGGACUCGCGCACGUCGACGCGCUCCAGGCCGCGCUCGGCGACCUCCUCGACCUGCCCGAGGCCCAGGCGGCGCUCUCGGGCGCCGGCGGCAGCGUCGACCGCCUCCUGGACUCUUUCCUCCGCCUCGCCGACGCGCACGGCUGCUUCCAGGAGGCCAUGGUCGCGCUCAAGCAAGACGUCGCCGAGGCGCUAGCCGCCGUGCGCCGCCGCGACGGGGCGCGCCUGGCCUCCGCGGUCAGGUCGCAGCGCAGGGCCGGCAAGGAGCUCGCGUGCCUCGCCGCUGCGGCCAGGGAGUGCGCCGUCCGGCCAUCGCGCCUCAGCAUCCUCAGCGGUGGCCAAGGCAGCGCGGCGGAGGUGGAGGUGACGGGGCUGCUGAUGGAGUCGGCCGCAGCGACGGCGUCGGCGUCCGCCGCGCUGUUCGGCACCGUGGCGGCCUUGUCGGCAUCCGUGGCGUCGGAGACGUGCUCUUGCAAUGGCACGGCGUCGCUGGUGUGCCUGGUGACAAAGAACAAGAAGAAGAAGGCGGCGCCGGGUUUCGGGGAGGACGAGACGGCGGUUGCCGCCGUGGCGGAGAGGCUGGAGGAGCUGGAGGAGUGCAUCGAGGAGCUAGAGACCGGCAGCGAGAAGGUGUUCCGGAGCCUCGUGCAGACCAGGGUCGCGCUCCUCAACAUACACACGCUGCACAUCUUCUAGCUUUACUACUACCAUCCAUGAACCAUGAUCAAUAUAGAAGAAGGAAUCCAGUGAAAAUGUAAAUAUGUAGAUGGCCAAUAGAAGAAGGAGAUUGUAACUCAAUGUUAGUAGUACUAAUCUUGGUUCUGCGCAUCAAUUAAUGUUCAGUGCAUA